ACUUAAGGGGAAAAUCUACAGGACGAUCGUGAGACCUGUUGUAAUGUAUGGAUCAGAAUGCUGGGCGACGAAAGUGACGGAUGAAAGAAGAGUGCACGCAGCGGAAAUGAGAAUGUUGAGAUGGAUGUGUGGAGUGACGAGAAAGGAUCGGAUUAAGAAUGAGUAUAUAAGGGGAAGUUUGAAAGUAGCACCGGUAGCGGAGAAGAUAAGGAGUGGUAGGUUAGCGUGGUAUGGGCAUUUAAUGAGGAGGGAUGAAUGCCAUAUAGGAAAAAUAAUGUUAGGAAUGAAUGUUGAUGGACGGAGAGCGGAUGGUAGACCCAAAAAACGAUGGAUGGAUUGUGUGAAAGAGGAUAUGAGAAAGAAAUGAGUGAGUGCUGAGGUGACGAAAGAUAGAGGAGAAGAACAUGUUGUGCCGACCUCACAUAACGUGGGAUAAGGGCAGGAGGAAGAAGAUUGUCACGGCUCAUGGGAGCCUGAGGUCCGCUUGACAAUUAAUCCCAAGAUUUGGCGUAGGCACAGGAAAACAUCGUGAGGAAACCGGACUAAUCGCAAUAAGGCCUAGUUUAUCCCCUGAGUUGGAAGGUCAGAUGGCAGUCGCUUUCGUAAAAAGGGCGUAAGCAGUAGCCUACGCCAAUACUAGGGAUUAGUUGCCAAGCGGAUCCCAGGCUCCCAUGAGCCGUGGCAAAAUGCCGGUCCAACGCGAGGAAGAAAAAGUAUUAUUAACAUUAUAUGGGCGACAUGCUAGAAAUAAAAUAUUGAAUUAAAUUGAAUUACCUACGUAAUCACUAAUAAUUAAUAAUGACUGUUGAUGAACUGGCCUUUCGUUAACAUUAUCACGUCAUUUUAAAGUCUCCUAAUGUAUAUUCAAAUAUGUUGCUGUUUACACAUAGGUACGUAAUCCACAAAUAAUCUAAAUAAAACAACGAACAAAAUUAACCACAUAAAACAACCGCAAAACAACUACUUACAUGUCCCGUUCUAUUUCAAAAAUAGAACAACAGAACGGAAUUCGAAUCCAAAAGCGCGCGAAAACAAAUAUAUUCAACGCCUGGAUUGGCUGAAAAAGAGCGGCGCUCACAUGCCAUUGGUCAAAGACAAUGUUUGUGCGAGUAACGGUUUGUGCGGGGGAGUCUGGCCGAAAUCCGACCGCAAAUGUUGACAGAUCCCUUACGAACUAGCCAUUGCAAAACCGACUUUAUCAUUGAAGUAUAGUGUUGGUAUCGUUUUGAAUGUAUCGUAGCCUGUGGGAAUAUGAUGAGAGGUGUAAAGAGGACGGAACACGGGUAGUGGUGCAGUUAGUGUGAAAUGAAAGAGACCACAAACACUAAUUAAAUUGAGAGCCUAUUAGGAAUUAAACCGUUUAGAUGCUCGGGUCGGGUUUUGGUUUAGUAAUUUUAUUCAAACUUUUUUUUUUAAUUUUUUUAAAAUGUUAUAUUAUUUUUUAAAUAUACAAUCUUAUAAGUAUUCAAAGUGUGUUUGUGUGCCUAAAUUCCCAUCUUAAACUUAAUAUCUAGUAAUGGCAGAGAGUCUCUACAACUCUUCUCUCGACGGCUUGCAUAAUAAUUUUCAAAUUUCCCACUAGUUAAGAACUUUCCUAAAGCUCGUGAAAAAAAAGGUCAAACUAGCUCCGGGUUGCCUACGAAUAUUUUUAACGUGAUGCCUCCGACAUGUGGGUGAGUAGACACAGGUAUAUUUUACAAAACUGAAUAUUCAAGCUACAAUUUUAAAACAAUAUUUGGAAGUAAAAAUGAAAUUUAAUAAUUAAUAAAUAGUUCUAAAGAUUGUUAAUGAGAUUCAAUUUUCACAAAAUAAACUGAAUAAGCUCUAACUAAACCCAAACGCACCGCCGAUAAGAAACUUAAAGCGAUAAAUUUAAUACCACCAUCGUUACCAACCCCUUAUUUCGCGAAAUAAUUUUAUUAUAAUAGAUAAUUUAAAACUGGCCAAGUCGCCCCACCACUGGGGGGGAUAAUAUGAGGAAUGGGCGGGGCAUAAAUUAAAACAGAAACACACAUAAAAAGCCGUCUCUCUCGCACAAAUGAGCAAUCCUAAAUGCAGUAAGCGGCUUACAAUAGGAGUUGACACUCGGUGGUAUUGCGUGCUCUUUCAUUCUCGCAAUACUGAUAUAUUUCCGUUUCAGUCUGUCGCUGGGCCCUUUAUAUUUAUAAAGGUAUAGACCCAAAGCCCCACGUGAGAUUGUGUUUUGUAAUCAGUGAAGUGGUAUCUUUGUGCGAGAGCGCGCGAUGCGGCCCGUUUGACAGUUGACGUUUUUUUUGGCGCGAAGACGAAGGCACAAGUCUUGUGAACUUUAAAAAAGUUGAAGUGAUGGUGGACACCAGUUGAAGUCUGUUUCAGUUAUUGCUUUUGCAAUAACUUGGAUUUUUAUUUUAAGGAGUCAGUUUAGGGCGGCACCAUAGAAGAAUACGGGGUGUACACGAUGCUGCCAGCGCAGCAGCUCCCCCCGAUCAGCCCCUGGCCGCCCGACGGGGUGCUGGACCGCAUGGACGACCUGGCGCACAAAGGUAAAGGUCACAGCGGUGUUAACCAGCUCGGCGGGGUGUUUGUAGGAGGCAGGCCGCUGCCGGACUCCACGAGGCAGAAGAUCGUGGAGCUGGCGCACUCGGGCGCGCGGCCCUGCGACAUCAGCCGCAUCCUGCAGGUCUCCAACGGCUGCGUGUCCAAGAUACUCGGCAGGUACUACGAGACGGGCUCCAUCCGACCGCGCGCCAUCGGCGGCUCCAAGCCGCGCGUGGCGACAGCGGAGGUGGUGUCCAAGAUAGCGCAGUACAAACGUGAGUGCCCCUCGAUCUUCGCGUGGGAGAUCAGGGACCGUCUGCUGAGCGAGGGCGUCUGCACGUCGGACAAUAUUCCUAGUGUAUCCUCAAUCAACCGCGUGCUCCGCAACCUCGCCGCGCAGAAGGAGAAGACCAACUCCCAGCCUCCCCCCACCGACUGCAACACGCCAGUAUACGAGCGACUACGACUACUAGGCUCCCAGUCCAACUGGCCGCGCGCUCCGUGGCCGACUCAGAUAGACGCCAGGACCCCGCCGUAUCAGCUUCACAGUCUGAGUCCAGGGCCUCAGAUGUGCAAUGGCGAUAUGGGGAUAAAGAAAGGAGAAGAGCCACUGGAAGGCCUAGAAGGCCUCCACUCCGACGAGACGGGGUCCGGCGACAACUCCAACGCGGGCUCGAGCGGCGCCGACGACGAUGCCGCGCGACUGCGACUCAAACGCAAGCUGCAGAGAAAUCGCACCAGCUUCACUAACGAGCAGAUCGACAGUCUGGAGCGCGAGUUCGAAAGAACGCAUUACCCGGACGUGUUCGCGCGGGAGCGACUCGCGGCCAAGAUCGGUCUGCCAGAGGCCAGGAUACAGGUGUGGUUCUCGAAUCGGCGCGCGAAGUGGCGGCGCGAGGAGAAGAUCCGCGCGCAGCGCCGCAGCCCCGAGUGCUACCCGCCGCAGCCGCAAUACCCGCCGCCCGUCAACAUCGACAGCUACAGCCCGCUCACCCCAAUGGGUUACGGACCGACGCCCAUGCCUGAACCAGCGCCGGUGCCCGUGUGCGAACCAGACCCAGAGCUCUGCAAGGGCGGCUUCCUCGGCUAUCCUCGAUACGAGCUUGGAUAUCGGCAGCCACCGCACUACGUCAACCACCCGUAUCAGCACGAGCCCUCGCCGAGUUCAGAGCUGGGCGGCCUGCUAGGCGCCGGCGUGUCGGUGCCGCUCGCCGUGCCGGGGCAAGAGUCGCAGCAGUACUGGUCGCGGCUGCAGUGACCCUGGUGGAACUAACUUAGCCCGACAACAUCAAGCAUCUUUUAAAUAGGCUCUGCACUCCACAACACUAGUUAAUGACCUUCCUUUUUAUUGUUCAAAUAUUCAUUCAUUGUAUUAUGAUGUGUAAACUCUAAUAAUGCUCACAGACCGGCUUACCGGACUCCGACCUAGGUCCGGUCAGCUUAUCGCUUUCUCGAUUUCACUUAUAGCUAUACGUCCUUAACGGACGUACGGUGAACUAUCGCGGUCCGGUACGCCCGUCUGUUACUGCUUUUAAAAAAUGGUGCUCCGAGUUUGGCUCAGCUGCCGAGCGCUGCACAUACGUCGGAAAUCCCGAUUUAGGCGGCCAAAAGUCAACUUUCUAAAAGUAGGCUUAUCGCAAAACUAAUUGGCUCUCGAAAAACACCACACUAUCACGGAUUUAAUCCCACCCCAUUACUACCCCUAUCAGUUUCGCAGGUCAUAUACGAGGUUCUCGAAACUCGGUCAUCACACUCGUUGCACACGCAGUUCAUAGCACUCUUAUCCGAAGCAAACAUUUCUAAGUCAUUAUUUAUUUUUGUGGAGUUUUUUUGUGAGUGAAAGUGAUGGAUAUCAAAAAUACAGGUAAGUUUCUUUUAUUUUAAUCUAUUUUGAAUUAUAAAUAUUUAUUUAAUGAUACAUAUCGAGGGCUUCAGGCCAAAGGGGCGUAUACGCAAAAAUGCCAUUUUUCGUUUUUAACGGCAUCGUAUUCGUCUUGUAACAAUACGUAAGCACAAUUUUUUUCAUAAUUUUAUCAUAACAAUAAGUUAAUUAAAUAUUAAAAAAUCAUUUGGCGUAUAACUGACAGUCAUCAUUUUAAUGUCGUUCCAAAAAGGCGUACUGAAGGCGUAUAAGUGAUAUUUUCAUUCAGUCCCCAAUAUUCAUCGGAGUAUAAAGGCGUACGUACUUACUUCUCUCACGUGACAGUGCGAACCACGAAAUAGUGUCACGCUAUAUAGGCGUACAUACAUACGACCAUAAACUUUUACCAACUAUCCUCAAAGUGCGUCGCGGCAAAGAGGCGUAUGAACAUACGACCGUACAAAAAUUACGUCGGCCUUCAAAUAAUGCCGGGCCAAAGGGGCGCGGAGACAGCGUCCUUGAUUGCCGCAUAUUGCUAUCCCUUUCUGUCAAGCGGGUAAGCGCACUAGGGCCGCCUGUCUCUCAGUCAGUGUCUAGUGCAUUACAGUAUGAUGUGCAUCUCGUGCGAAUAAUAACAAUGAAGUGGAGCGCUCUGAUGCUGAUGGCUCUGCUCUGGUCAUAUAAGAAUGACGUGGGCGGCUGUCUCCUCUGCCUCCAUGUACGCUCUGCAGAUGGGGCUAUCUGUAGCACGUAGGGUUAGUAGGUGUUUGUUUAGUGGGGCGUGGCCGGUUAUGGCCCCAGUCAAAAGCCGGAGCUGUGGCCUCUUCAGCUGUCUCAGCCUCCUCGACAAACCGGGGUCGAUUGUCGGGAGGGCUUCCUUCGCCUGCCUGCACGUGCCUAGGUUAGACCAGUACUGUUGGUGUUUUACCUUGGUGUUGUGUCGCAGCAUGUUCCGGAGCCAGGCAUGAGGCAGAGAUAUAAUUGGCUCCGGUCCUGCCACCCUCAGUUCCGAACCUCCUCUCGCCAAUAUGUCGGCCGCAUCGUUCCAUUCGCAUUGAUCCACUGCAGAGUUACGCUGGUGGUGGUGCUCACCUCUGACAGAGCUUUGUGGCAUUCGUAGAUUAGCCCUGAGGUCAAAGUAUAACUUUGCAGAGCUUGUAGUACUGACCGACUAUCAGAGAGUAUGCGGAUGGGGUAGUCCAAUACUUUCCUUGAGGCGAUUGCGUGUGCUGCCAUUAUGAUGCCCAUAUAUUAUGCCUGGAAGACUGUGUUGUGGGCACCUAGUGGUGUUGAGAUAUGUAUGUUUAGGUCAUCUAAGAAUACUCCAGCGCCAUUGCCUGACCUUGUCUUUGUUCCAUCCGUGAAGAUUCUCAGCUCUCUUGGGUUGAGCCCUUCACGAGGUUCUUCGUGUAACUGUAUCUUGUAUUUCUUGUCGAAGACGAAUUGUCUGGGUAUCCUGUCAGUCACCGCUUCUAUUAGCGGUUCCUUACCUAUUGCCUCGUAGAGGAUCUCGGUGUGUGGUACCCUA